UAAGAAAAUUUUCAUUCCAAGAGAAUGUUGUGGAAGGUGAAAUGGUGUCCGUGACAUGCAUAACAUCCAGCAGGUCACCGACUGCCAACUAUGCGUGGAUGAAAAAUGGAGUGACAUUGAAUGAGAAGACGAUGAGGGAUAACAUCCGGAUUACAAACACAGAAGACGUUUCUGUGCUGAUACUUGAUCCAGUUCAUCUGAGUGACGAUGGAAAUUACUCGUGCUCAGCCACUAACUCGUUUGGAAAAGAUCAACACACUGCUCACCUGAAUGUCAAAGCGCCACCUCAUUGGCUCUCUCUUCCAAGUGACGUCGUCACUACUUUGGGUGAAACUACUGUGGUGGAGUGCAGUGCAUCGGGAUCACCGGAACCCUUGGUCAAAUUUAAAAAACAUUCAGGUAAUAGAGUGUUUGAAGAAGAGAGUUUAGGAGGAAAAAAUGUUCUGAGGUUGAAAGCAGCAUCCUAUGAGCAAUCGGGCAAUUACCAAUGUGAAGCCGAUAAUGGGAUAUUCCCCGCAAUACUUGCCAACUUCACCAUUCUUAUCAGAUGUAAGGACAUAAACAAUGUUAAAACUACAUAUUAUUUUCUACACAUUAUUACACAUUUAUUUCACAUUAACAUAUGUUGAUUGUGACUCAGAUUUAUCAUACGACAACUUAAUUGUUUAGUAUUCUUACCAGAAACGGGAUCCGCAGUGGACUGAUCAUAAAGACACGGUUCCAGGUAAAACACAGAAGUCAAGCAUCACUGGAUGUGGUCAGUAGGCGAGUAGGUGACUACUUACGUUCGUUACAGCUUGCGUAGGGACCUAGGGUGUGCGGUAUCGGUCCUCGCUAAAACCGUUCUACCGUAAAGAGCUCGACUGUGCGCAGGUCGCCGAGCUACCAAAACAGGAGGAACCAUCCUUUCUGCAGAGGAUCACAAUUGCAAUGGCUCGUUUUCGGAUCAUUCUCGGGGAUGUUUCCCAGACCGUCGCCAAUAGCCCAUUGGGCAGCUCUAGUGUGACGUAAAUAAAGUACCAACCUAUCUUAACAGAAACGGAUUGAAAUUCAUUUUUUUAAAUUAUGUUUUUUGACGUUGGGUAAGAAUGCUUGUAUG